AUGAAUACGUUCGCGUGCACGUUCGCCGGUUGUGGAAAAGUUUUUGAUGCAAAAAAUAAUUUGACCCGUCACGCUAAAACUCACGAUAAUAUAAAAAUUCAAUGCGCUCUGUGUCCGAAAUUAUUUACGCGUAAAGAUAACCUCGAUAUACACGUUAGAAUUGUCCACGUUGGUGGAAGAGUCGCCCCACCGACUAUUGCCCCGCAAGCAGGACCCUCAAAUGCCGUCGCCGGGCCAUUUAAUAUUAUUCCGCAAGCCGGGUCUUCAACUUCUACAACGGCAUGGACCACAGACGAGGAAAAUGACACGUUAUUGGCAGAUGUACGUCAAGCCAUCAAUGAUAUAGAGGGAUUCGACAACGAAGGUAAGAUUUCUUUUAUUAUGGCACACCAUACAGCGAGGGAAUUAAUUUAGGGUUUUUCUUUCUGUUUCCCUGUAGGUAGGAAACGUACGUGCAGAGAGGAUACCGCCGCGAAAGUGAAAAAAACAAGGAUGGACUUAGUAAAUACCCCGGGAUUUAUAGAAAUCGAAUCGUCUUUUUCCCGCAAAAUCGUGUGGUACUACACCAAAAAUAUCCGAAAUAUCACCACCUACAAAAAAUUUCUCCUUUUAAUGAAACCCGCACUAAUUCUUCUUCUCAAGUCAUUAACAGAAAACAAUCCGAUUAAAUUUAAUUUGAAGCUGGAAGCCACGUACUUCAAACCGCAAGUUGAAAAUUCCACCGAGAAUAGAGCGUUCAAGACCUCAGCCAGGGAAAUUUUCUUUAAUAGUGAAAUAGAAGACGUCGUAGAAGAAAAAUUUUCAAAAUCACCAAAAGAAGAAGAUAUAUAUCAAGGACGGGGUAGCGGCUUUUCGUUACAGAGUAUNGAAGCUGGAAGCCACGUACUUCAAACCGCAAGUUGAAAAUUCCACCGAGAAUAGAGCGUUCAAGACCUCAGCCAGGGAAAUUUUCUUUGAUAGUGAAAUAGAAGACGUCGUAGAAGAAAAAUUUGCAAAAUUACUAAAAGAAGAAGAUAUAUAUCAAGGACGGGGUAGCGGCUUUUCGUUACAGAGUAUCGACGGCGUUUUAUUAGGUGUUUAUAAAUAUACACCUAUGGGAGGCUCUUCAUAUAUUCCACUACCCGCAGGCAUAAAACAUAAACGAGCCGUAAUCAAUCCACAAAAUACUGACGAAGAAUGUUUUAAAUGGGCGAUUUUGGCGAAACACGUUACGGAUAUAAACAGAGAGCGAGUAAACGAAAAGUAUAGAGAACACGAGGACAAAUAUAAUUUUAAUAAUUUAUAUUUCCCGACACCGCUUACGGAAAUUAAAAAUUUUGAAAAAAAUAAUUCGAACGUAUCCGUAAAUGUUUACGGAUUGAAAAAGGAAAAAAAAAACAAAAAAACUGUACAUACCGUGUUUCCACUAAAAGUAGUAGACGAGGAGAAGAUGGACCAUUUCGAUAUCAUAUUAAUUGUAGAAGAAGGCAAAUUCCAUUAUACAUACAUAUCAAAUUUUUCCCGUCUCGUCAGUGCGCAGAAAACUGCACACGAACAUGCGUUAAUAUUUUGCAAACGGUGCUUUACGUCUUUCGAUGACAGACCUAGGAUGAAAUUGAACGGGCAGGCGGCGCUCGAUCAACAUAACAAAAUAUGCGGGGAGCAUAAACCAAUUUUGCCCGUCAUGCCCGAACCCGGUUCCACAUUGAAAUUUGAAGCGUGGGGGAAAACUCAGAGGCACCCCAUCGUCAUCUAUGCGGAUUUCGAAGCGAUAUUGGAGAAGACGGACGAGAAGAAAGGAAGCAGUACUACCAUUAUCCAUAAUCAUAGAGCGAUGAGUUACGGGAUUUAUGUGAAGGCGGAAGACGACGUAACCAGAGAGUUGCUGGAAGAAUUUGACAUACCUACCGACCCGAUUAUAUACAGAGGAAUAGAAGACGAAGCGGAAGUGGCGAAACAUUUUGUAGGACAGAUUGUCGAGUUGAGUUUACGUAUAGAAAAAUUAUUGAAGACUAAUAAACCGAUUAUUAUGACUACGGAGAAUGAACAUAGUCAUGUUACGCGUCGGCAGUGCGAUUUGUGUGACGGCGGCUUUUCAGCCGCGAACCCGAAAGUCGCCGACCACAACCACUUGUCGGGCAAAUUUAGACAGACCCUUUGUAAUACUUGUAAUCUUAAAUUGCAAGUACCUAAAUUUGUCCCGUGCUACUUACACAAUCUUUCAAAUUAUGACUCGCAUUUCAUCAUCACGGAGCUGGGGUAUGACGCGGAGACGAUUUCCGUCAUACCCAACAGCGAAGACAAAUUUAUAUCGUUCUCCAAGUACGUGAGUAAUACAUUCACCGUACGAUUUAUAGAUACUUUUCGUUUUAUGGCAUCGAGUCUCGCGUCUCUAGCAUCGAACCUCGUAACGUCGGAUUUCGGUAAAUUCAGAGAAACUCGUAAGGUAUUUAACGUCGAGGAUAUGCCGCUAGUAUCGAGAAAAGGAGUGUACCCGUACGAGUACACUGACAGUUGGGACAAGUUGGAAGAAGACAGUUUACCGGAGAAAAUAUAUAAAAAAAACUAAUGACGUUUAAGUGGUCAAUCAAUGAAUUUUAAAAUACCAAAUAUAAGAUAAUUAUAUUUCUAAG